AAUCGCGGGCAACGUCUGAAAGAAGGUGCAGCCAUCAAUAGAUCACUGCUAGCACUUGGCAAUGUAAUUAAUUCGCUUUCAUCAAGUGGAAAUGCUCGAACAUGUAUGAUCGCUCACGUCACAGCAGCCAGCGGGCACUAUGAAGAGACAUAUAACACGCUCGUCUACGCUUCGAGAGCAAAAAAUAUAACGAAUAGGGUGACCAGGAAUAGACCGGCAUCUGCGGAUCAGCCAUACACUGAAGCGAUGAGAGAAAUGCGUCAGGAGUACGAGCGCAGGACAAUGAAGCAUGCCGCAUCUACAAAUCAGAUUGACAAAACACCGUCAACAAACGAUCGAUACCGCUACAGUGUGAAGUGGAAUGGAAGUACAAGCACGAAUGGCACCGCCAAGGCUGAGAAACGCGAUUUUUCUUCUCUAUUCAAUCAAUUGAAAGAGCAGUACGUGACCUUAUCUGACAAACAACAGAAAUUACGGGAACGCCUGAUGAAAGCAAAUCAAGAUGCCUACGAAGUGGAAAUGAGUCGCACGUCGAAAUUGGCUAUAAUACAUGCUUGGGAGAAGCACAAUCAAGAAGAGAAGGCGGCGGAGAGUAUCACUCGUCUGAAGCAAGACGUAACCGAAUUGGAUGAGCAAUUGAAUGGUAUGGUGGAGAUACGACAGAAGCUUGAACGAGCCCUGCGCAAAGGACAAGACACAGCAAAAGCCGUUGAAACUCGGUUGCGAUCGCUUGCUCAUUCCAAGGAACAAAGCGAAUUAAUCGAUCUCAUAGUUCGAAUGGAUAAUAUUCAAGCUGAGAGGAUAUCGGCUGUGAAUGAUCUCGCGAUUCAGUCACUAAUCAUGGAAAAGACUGACAGUACAAUGUCUAAGCUAUCAAAAUAUGAAAUGCUCGCCGAAAAGCUUAUCGAAGGACGAGUUGAUGAUAAGGAUCGUGAACGAUUGGAGCAGGAGUACAGAAUAGUGAAGAACCAAUUCCAUUACCACUUGAUUCCUUUGAAGAACAUUCAAAGCGUGGUGUCCUGGAAUUCAUUGCUUCUUCCCAAAUUGAACUCUUCACUUUCAUCGUCUGAUGAUUCCGAUCGUGCAAGCAAUCGCCGCACGAGGAAACGAGACUCUGCGCAACUCCCACUUAUAGUGAAGGGACGGGAGCGUGAGCGAGAUUCUGGUUCAAGCUCCUAUGACAGCAGA